AUGGAAGACAAAAAUAACAAAAGAAUUUCAAUAAACCUAUUUUAUGAGAUUACAAAUAAUGAUAGUGAUAUAGAUCUGUACUAUGACAAUAUAAAUAUUGAGAACUUGUCUGAAAACAGUAAAAUGUCAAUUAAAAAUGCUGAAGCCAUCACACUAGAAAAAGACCAGUCAUUUGAUAAUUUUGAUCAUAGUGAGAAACACAAAAUUAUGCAGAAUAUAUGGGUUUCAAGAUAUUAUCAACAAGUGAAUCCUGAAAAGCCUGGAAAAUCAAUAAGAAAUAGUUGUCAAUGGA